CAACAGUGUGACGCGUUCGUGUUUGUGUGUGUGUGUUUGGUUGGUUGUUGUGUGUGUGGUGUGUGUUUGCUUUUGAUGGUCACGUGGUCAGCCAGCAAGUUGGCCUGCCAACUUGUGCGUGGAGACAAACAACAAUCGCAUGUGGCAGCAAGCAGUGGCAGUCCCACCAUAAAGGAUUAUCAUAGCGCAGAAAAUAGCUGCUGCCCGAAAAGAAAAUCGAAAAUGUGCUUCCAUUAGAACGGUUGGGGAAAGCGCGAGGAAAAGUGCAGCGGCAAAAUCUGCAAACCAAAUCCAACUUAAGUUCACAUCAAAUUAAAAUCAACAAGCGGCGGAACGGAGUGGAGCGGCCAAAACCCCCCGAAAGAAAAAGCAAAGAAAAAUUAUAGAAAAAUCUAAGAAAAAGGAGCAGCAGAAGCAGUAGGAAAAGGAGCAGCAGCAGCAGCAGCAGCAAGGCAAAGCCGUGGAAAAUGAAGUGCAAUAAAAGUCAAAUGGCCACGUUAACAAUGUGGAAAAUUUUUAUGGCCCUGCUCUGUGGAAUGGCACUGGCACUGCCGCUAAUGCCAGUCACAUUAGCGCGCCUGCAUUCCACAUCCGGCGGCGGCGGCGGUGGAGGAGGCGGUGGCAUGUCCAGUGGUGUCCUGGGUCCUGGCUCUGGCGGAGGAUCCAACAAUGGCGGAUCUACAGGCAAAGAUGCACACGUGAAAACGAAGGAUGUCGAUGCUGUGGAGGGUAAAUCAGUGUCGCUGCCUUGCCCCAUUACGGAGCCCCUGGACAAUGUUUAUAUGGUCUUAUGGUUUCGUGACAAUGCGGGCAUACCGCUCUAUAGCUUCGAUGUGCGCGAUAAGGAGGCACGGGACCAGCCCCGACAUUGGUCAGCCCCGGAGGUAUUUGGCUCACGUGCCAAAUUCCAUUUUGAUUCGCAGCCAGCAACCUUGGAAAUUAAGGAUAUCAAGCGUCAUGAUCAGGGCAUUUACCGAUGUCGUGUGGAUUUUCGCACAAGUCAAACGCAAAGUUUCCGUUUCAAUUUGUCAGUAAUAAUACUUCCGGAGCAGCCAAUCAUCUUGGAUCGUUGGGGCCGACAGCUGAAUGGCUCUCAAUUGGGGCCAAAGCAGGAGGGCGAUGAUAUCGUUAUCACUUGUCGUGUGGUGGGCGGUCGACCCCAACCGCAGGUCCGUUGGCUCGUAAAUGGACUGCUUGUCGACAAUCAAAACGAGCACAAUUCCGGCGAUGUUAUCGAGAACCGUCUGUUGUGGCCAUCGGUGCAGCGAAACGAUUUGAAUUCCGUAUUCACAUGUCAGGCACUGAAUACGCAAUUAGAUAAGCCCAAGGAGAAGAGCUUCAUACUGGAUAUGCACUUAAAACCGUUGGUGGUGCGAAUCCUGGAGCCACCCAGCUCAAUGAUUGCCGAUCGUCGCUAUGAAGUUGCCUGCGAAUCAUCGGGCUCUCGACCGAAUGCCAUCAUAACGUGGUACAAGGGAAAACGGCAAUUACGACGCACAAAGGACGACAUAUCAAAGAACUCGACACGCUCAGAGCUGAGCUUUGUGCCGACCACAGACGAUGAUGGCAAAUCGAUAACAUGCCGUGCGGAAAAUCCGAAUGUGAAUGGCCUGUAUUUGGAGACCAUGUGGAAAUUGAAUGUCGUUUAUCCACCUUUGGUCACACUACGCCUGGGCUCCACAUUGACGCCGGAUGAUAUCAAGGAAGGCGACGAUGUUUACUUCGAGUGUCACGUACAAUCGAAUCCUCAAUGGCGGAAACUGCUGUGGUUGCAUAAUGGCAUUCAUCUGGAGCACAAUACAUCCGCUCGUGUCAUACGCUCCAAUCAGAGUUUGGUCCUGCAGAAGAUCACAAAGCAUUAUGCUGGCAAUUAUGCGUGCAGUGCCAUCAACGAUGAGGGCGAAACGGUCAGCAAUCAGCUGCCGUUGCGUGUGAAAUACACUCCGAUAUGCAAGCACUCGGACCGUGUGAUAUUAAUUGGCGCCUCCAAGGACGAGACUGUGGAAGUAAUAUGCGAGAUACAGGCCGAUCCACCACCGCGAACAUUUCGCUGGAAAUUCAACAACUCGGGCGAAACCCUGGACGUGGGCAGCGAACGUUUCAGCGUGAAUGGAAGUCGCAGUAUUUUAAAGUACACACCAGUCACAGAUCAGGAUUAUGGCACACUGUCCUGCUGGGCCUCGAACGAGGUGGGCACACAGCAGCAUCCCUGUCUCUUCCAAGUCGUACUGGCGGCUCUGCCGAAUGCCGUCAGCAAUUGUACCGUCUUCAACCGCACCGAGCUGAGUGUUGACAUACAAUGCAUACCGGGCUAUGACGGCGGACUGCCUCAAAUAUUUGUACUGGAAAUGUUUUCAACACGCACCGGCAUCACCAGAUUCAAUUUGAGCAACGCUGAGGAGGCGCUCUUCUCGCUGGAGAACCUGGACACGCUCACCUCGAUGAUGGUGCAGGAGAACAACUCGCUGAGGCUGCGCAUUUACUCGUACAACCAGAAGGGACGAAGCGCCGCUUAUCUCCUGCCCGAUUUCAUAAUUGGCUCAACAGCUUACAAGACAGACGACGACGUAACACUGACAUUGUCGCCGGUGAUUGUUGGAAGUGUCCUGACCAUCAUAAUUAUUGGUGUUGCCAUCGCGAUACGAAUAUUUGUGGUGACAUUUGUGCACAAUUUGCGGCGCAAUCGUCAUCACGGCAGCAAGGCAACGGCUGCCGGUGUAACGGCCCAGCCGGGGGAUGUCUUCAAGGGCGGCAACCUGGAGAAACCGCGAUGGCAGCACACGGACAUUAAAACGAAGUCAUCGGAAGAUUUGGUCGAGGACGAACGUGAUCCGGAUGUAAUACCAUCGCAAUAUGUUGGCGGCAGCAGCGCCGGCAGCAGUGGCAGCAACGCCUCCAAUGUUGGCAGCACCACAGCGGGCACCACCACUGGCAGCAGCACUUCCACCGCCGUGGUGGCAUCAGCAGCAGCAGCAGCAGCAGCGUCGGCAGCAGCAGCAGCAGCUGCAGCUGCAUCUGCCACGGGAACAGUGGCUGGCGGUGGCGGCGGCGGCGAACGGGAUGUCCAUCAGUUCACAUCAGCCACGUCCCUGGGAGGAGGUGUCUCCAAAUGGUCACCCAAUGGCAAUGUGCUGCCCCUGACGACGACGACGACGACGAUGCUGUCCGGCGAUCCGGCGAAUGCGACGGUCACCUACAAUCAAAUCAACGCGCAGCGAGCCCAGCUGCUGGCAGCCGUGGCGGCGGCGGGUGGUGGCUGCAGCAGCACCGUCAUCUCGCCCAGCAGCAGCAUGAUGGGCAGCUUGGGGGGCAAGCCGCCACUGGGACUGGGCGGCACCAUCAUUGGCUCCCCAACGUCGCUCUCCUCGACGGCCACGCUGGCGGCCCACCUGCAGCCGGUGCACAGCAGUGGCGUUGGCACCCUGCCACCUGGCUUGGGCAGCGGCGGGGGCUACAUACUGAACGCGUAUGCCAGUGGGCGAAUGCACCACCCACUGCAGCAGAUGGGCAUUGGCGGUGGAGCCACUCACACGGCCACACUGAAUCGGCAUCACCAUCAGCAGCAGCAGCAGCAGCAACACCAUCAUCAUCAUCACCAGCAGAAGCAGCAGCAGCAGCAGCAGCACCCGCACCAUUCGGGCUCCAGCCUGCUGCUGGGCAGCGCCGGCAGCGUGAUGGGCGUUGUGGGGCUGGCCAAUAACACAGCCUCGACCACGACUACAACCACCUCGUGCAACUCCUCGCAGGACCUGGAUGAUAACAUUAAUAUAAAUGCGAUUAAGGACUGCCUCAUGACGCAGCGCGUGCCUGAGAGCUGUGUGUAAGAGCCAGAGGCUGCUUGCUUGCUUGCUGGCAAACAAUUCGUGAGUAAUUCCAGAUCUACAUAUGAAUGCGAUUAUGUGUAUAUGCGUGUGGGUAGGAUCUGCUGCAUGUGUGUAUGUAGUAUCUAGGAAUACUCGUAAUGUAUGUAUCUAUAGUAGGACAUAGUUUUUUGUCUCGUUAAGGUGCUGUGCAUAUCUAACCUACGCCUAAGACAGCGUUAAGCAUGAACUCUGAUGCUGUAAAACAGAGCAAAAACUGUGGCAUAAAAAUCUGCAUAUCUACAUGGCAUACAGCAUAUCCAUUCCAUUGUUCUAUCAGAUGGGAUAGUUAACUGGUAGGAUAUCAGAAGGCAGGAUAUACGUAUCAGAAGUAGUAGCAAAUUUAAAGAUUCCUUUGGAGAGUCGCGUAGAUCUCGAUUUGCUGAGCCGUCUCUGGUUUUGGCUUCUUCUCAAAAAUGGUUCUGUCUUUAGCUCAUGCGAACCGAACCUGCUUCAAGAAUAAUAAUCUUCUAUCAAUGUUCAAUGUCCUUGCCAAUUUGCUUUGACUACAUUUCCAGUUCGAUUGGGUAACUAAUAUAGCAAAACAGAAUAAAAUGCAUUAAAUUAAAUAUAUACAUAUAUACCAAAAACCACACUCUAAUUUAAGGAAACUUCAAAAAGACUCAGACAAUGUAGUAGCUAAAAUAUUUUGUAGGAAAAAUGUUCCCAAAUGAGAAAUGAGGAAAGAGAAAAGAGAAAUUAAUUAUUAAUAAUUAUAUAUAUAUUAUAAAUGUGUGGUACUACCAGUAAAGAUUGUACAUAAAACUAUACUCCUGGCAUAGUUGUAUAGAUCAAAUAUUAAUCAGCUGCAAGGAACAUCGCUUCUUUGUUGUACAUAGGAUAUUGGUAAAUUGGUAAAUGUAUAUGUAAAUGUUCGAGUAUGUAGCUAAGUGCAAGUAUAUAUAUAUAUGUAUGUUUGAGAGGUCGAUUCGUUCGGCCAAAGGUCCUGCUUAGAGAUGGUAAAUAAAGUAAAGUUAAAUUGUUAGCGAGAAGAACGAUAAACUUAAGCCCCCAUAGAGCAUAGAAAACGGAUGAGUUUAAACUAAAACUGAAACAUAAGCAUAAAUAUCCAUAAAUACGUCUAGAUAAGUCGAAGAAAAUAUGUGAAAAAAAAAUGGAGAAAAUGAAGAAAACGGAUUGUAAAGAAAAGAAGAAAAUAAAUAUAGAUAAAU